GCCGAAUAAAUGAGCCAACCAGGUGUGGAAAACCAGAGUGUCUGGCUGUGAAUUCCAUGACGCUGGUCCAUAAUCGAUGCAGAUUUGCGGACAAACAGAUUGUGAAAUUGCAGGAGACUCCAGAUGAGAUACCUGAAGGUGGGACUCCACACACGGUCAGUAUUUUGAUGCAUGACAAACUUGUGGACUCCGGAAAACCUGGAGACAGAGUUGAGAUAACUGGGAUAUACAGAGCUAUGAGUAUUAGAGUGGGACCAACUCAGAGGACAGUAAAAUCUAUAUUCAAGACAUACAUCGAUUGCCUUCAUUUAAAGAAGACAGACAAAUCAAAGCUUCACAUUGAGGAACCAUUGGAAUAUGAUGGUAACACUUCUAACAACAGGGCAGUUGAAGAUGAAACUCCUAAUUAUCAAGACAAGGUAGAGAAGUUAAAAGAGCUUUCAAAGUUGCCAGAUAUUUAUGAUAGGCUAACCAGAUCCUUAGCUCCAAACAUAUGGGAAUUGGAUGAUGUCAAAAGGGGUCUUCUUUGCCAGCUUUUUGGAGGCAAUGCUCUAAAGCUUCAAUCUGGGGCUAGCUUCCGUGGAGACAUCAAUAUCCUGCUUGUGGGAGAUCCUGGAACCAGUAAAUCCCAACUGCUCCAAUACAUGCAUAAACUUUCUCCUCGUGGCAUUUACACCAGUGGGAGAGGCAGCUCAGCAGUUGGCCUGACUGCUUAUGUUACGAAGGACCCAGAGACUGGUGAAACUGUUCUGGAGAGUGGUGCAUUGGUAUUGAGUGAUAGAGGUGUCUGUUGCAUCGAUGAGUUCGAUAAAAUGUCUGACAAUGCCCGCAGCAUGUUGCACGAGGUUAUGGAGCAGCAAACAGUAUCAAUUGCCAAGGCUGGGAUUAUUGCUUCUCUAAAUGCCAGGACUUCAGUUCUGGCUUGUGCAAAUCCUAGUGGGUCACGCUAUAACCCUCGGGUCUCGGUGAUUGAAAAUAUCCACCUUACCCCAACCUUGCUGUCCAGGUUUGACCUGAUCUACCUAAUUCUGGAUAAAGCUGAUGAACAAAAUGACAGGCGUUUGGCCAAGCAUAUUGUCUCAUUGCAUUAUGAAAAUCCAGAGACUGUAGUGCAAGAUGUAUUGGAUCUACCUACUUUGGUUGCAUACAUUAGCUAUGCAAGAAAACACAUUCAUCCCCAGAUAUCGGAUGAAGCUGCAGAAGAAUUGACACGUCGCUAUGUUGAAAUGAGGAAAAGAGGGAACACUCCAGGAAGCAGGAAGAAGGUGAUCACAGCAACAGCUAGGCAAAUUGAGAGUUUGAUACGUCUAAGUGAAGCAUUAGCUCGUAUCCGUUUUUCUGAAUGGGUUGAAGUUCAUGAUGUGGCAGAGGCAUACAGACUGCUGGAUGUUGCAUUGCAGCAGUCAGCAACUGAUCAUUCUACAGGGACGAUUGACAUGGAUCUUAUCAUGACUGGAAUAUCUGCUAGCGAAAGGAUGAGACGGGAGAAUCUAGUUGCAGCAACCCGCAGCCUUGUAAUGGAGAAAAUGAAGCUUGGGGGACCAUCCACUCGUUUAAUUGAUUUGCUGGAAGAGCUGAGGAAACAAAGCUCUGUGGAAGUUCACCUGAAUGAUCUACGUAAUGCCCUUUCCACUCUAAUGAGCGAGGGUCUGGUUGUCCUUCAUGGAGACAGUGUUAAGAGGAUAUGAUGCCACUACUUAUGGGGGAAGCUUCUGUUGCUCAUCAUUUGGGGGUGUUUCAUUAUCUGCUCUGGAGAUGUCAGAUAUCUGAUUCUGUCAACCUUCCAAGUUUCUUGUCACCUUUAAACAAUAGAAGGUGGUGUCAUUCUGCCAGAGAAUGAAGAGAUUCUGCUACUGAAUUGCCAAAUGAAUUCGAUCACAGCUUCGCUGGACCGUUCCAAGCAAAUGGUCAUUGGUGUAAAGAUGAUCUAUCUGAAAGUAUUGACAUGAAAAUGAUUAUUUGUUGAUUGGGGGAAUGUAGUUGAAUUUUUUGGUGCUAGAAUGGUGUUAACAAAUGCUACUAUUUGUCAUUAUUCCAUGUUUCUUUUGAACAUUUGAUCCCAGA